CUCGGCCGCUCGAAGAAGCUUGGUGUUUUGCUAGUCAGGGGUUCAGUGGGUAUCACGAUUUGCGACUGUCCAACCAUUGCCGUCCCCUGCUCCGACCGUCCGUCGAUGGGGACAGGGUACCAACUCGAUGUCAUCGUCGAGCGCCAACAAUUUCCCUCGGCCCCGUUUUCGUGGCGGCAUGUUAUUACUAGCUUGCUUGUAGGUGGACGGCUGGUGGUUCUUGAUUGUCUUCUGCCGCUUGGCCCGCCGGUAUAAUCCAAGGUUUUUCUUUUUCUUGUUCUCUCGAUUCAGCAAUAGGUCUCACGACAAGCCUUGCUGGCCCAACAUCGAUUGUAUCGUCAGCGACGUGUGUCUCUCACCCUGCAUACUCCGUGCACUUCGUCACUCGCCUGCCAGCGGCUACGACUGAAACCCCGCCAGCCUCGAGGUGUAGUGUAGGCACCGCCCGCAUCGCGAGCCAGCAAAAGCCCCCAAUCUCUCUCUCACAUAUUACGCAUUUUCACUUUACAAUGGCGUCCCGCAAGCCCAGCCUACAUGUCAUUAUGCCGGAUUGCCCUCAGGCGAGCCGCGACUUUGGAAAUCUACAGAAUGGCAUUCGCAGUCCACGCAGCCCCCGGUUCCGCGAAGUCUUCGACGCCCCGUUUUCGGAAGCGCUCAUGAACGCCUCGCGGACGACACUGGCGACAGACAGCAGCGGCAGUUAUCCUGGUCCUGACCAGCAGCACAACAGACCUGAAAUGGAGGCCAAACGCCACACUUCCCAUGGUUCAACGCGCGCCAAAACCCAAGCCCAGUCGUCGUCUCCGCUACAGUGGCGCCAAGAUAGUUGGUCGUCUUCAGAACAAAGUCGCCGUGCAAGCGUUAACGACAGAAUUCGCGAGUGGGCACGCAAAUCAUUCGUAUUCUCCCGAAAGAAUUCAGAGCAGUCGGACGACGGCUACUUUAGCCACAGCCAGCGGCGUGCCUCCAAGUCAACGGUUGUCACCCCGGCAUCCGAGGCGUCGACGCCUUGCACGUUUGCAAGCCCCGACAGAUAUUCCCGGCCAGUGGUCGCAGUAACCGAAGAGGAUGAAUCGGGAUGAGUGGCUGACUGCCGAUCGGGUACUUGGUUAACAAAGGCAAAGGGGAUAAUGGUACUCAUGGCUUAAUGACAUGACUAGAAAGCUCUGCACUGGAUGUGCGGGAGUAUUGAAUGGCGUCAAGGGGGAUUCAUGAUAUGUAAAUAUGAAGCUGCAGCUGCAGCUGCACACCCCAUGUGGUAAUGAUAAUUUCUCGCAGUAGAUGUGGGC